CUCCAGUUCCGCAAUGACUACUGGUCCGACGACCCCAUGGACGGCAUAAUGGGGUCUGGCAUGCUCCGUGGAGGACCGACUCCUCGUCGCUUUGAUGAAUACUACCGAUGCUACCCCGUCGCCAUGCUUCCUGGUCCCGAGAGAGAGAAUGUCAAUCACGGCGGCAAGGUUAUCAUGCCGCCUAGCGCCCUUGACAAACUUACCCGCCUUCACAUCACCUAUCCUAUGCUCUUUGAGCUUCACAAUGGUGCCAAAGAACGGAUGACACAUGCAGGUGUCCUUGAGUUUAUUGCUGAGGAAGGCAAGAUUUAUCUUCCAUACUGGCUUAUGCAAACAUUAAUAUUGGAACCCGGUGACUUGCUCCAGAUCAAGUCUACAGACCUUCCUCCGGGUCAAUUUAUUAAGCUCCAAGCACAAUCUACUUCCUUCCUGGACAUCAGCGAUCCCAAGGCGGUGCUCGAAAAUGCAUUCCGAAACUUCUCGUGUCUCACCAAGGGCGAUGUCUUCACAUUUGGAUACAAUGAUCAAGUCUAUGAAAUGGCAGUCCUAGAGACCAAACCAUCCGGCGCUAAGAAUGCUGUGUCUGUUUUGGAAACUGAUCUGGAAGUCGAUUUUGCUACUCCGGUUGGAUAUGAAGAACCACAACGCACGAGUGGAACUAGCACACCGGGCAGUGUUAUGAAUAACGGCAGGCUCCCUGCUGGUGGGCUUCUACAUCCCAACGGUACUAUGGCCCAGGCUAUCAAUUACGCCGCCAUUGCACCCGACGCUACAGAUGCUGUAUCCGGCGCACGAGCUGCAUCUUCGAAUUUCUUAUCAGAAGGACAACGAUUAAGUGCCAAGAAGGGUAGCAAGGCACCUACCCCCAAGCCGACCACCCCUACUCCUGGCGCUGCCAAUCCUCUGCAUCCCCCGCCAGCCCGCCGAACUAAUGGCCCCCAGCCCCUCCGCUUACCCCCCCAACCAACUCUUUUUCGGCCACGGGAUGAGAACGGUAAACUUAUUCCUCAGGAUCAGGAUCAACCUAAGUUCCAGGGCCUUGGUCAGACGUUGCGUGGUGGAAAGAAGAAGGAUCUUGGUGGCUCGGCCACCCCCACAUCUGGAAGCGAGGCUGAUAGCCAGAAGGGCAAGGGCAGAGCCGAUGGUGGACGAACUUUGGGGAACGCGAAGCGCUAA